AUGUCAGAUGCAGCCGAUGCAAGUAGUGACAGCGAUUCUGUAUCUCCUCGGACACCUUCUGAACCUUCAGAAGCAUCUAACGAACAACCACAACAGCAGCCAAGAAAAUCAGAAGUAGCAAAUGAGGCACCAGCACCACAAGCUCAACCAGCCGAGGAAGAGGUAGACGAAGAGGAUCAAGAAGAUCCAGAGUCUCCAAAGCCUGAGGACGCGUCAGCUCCAGCUUCUGCUGGUCCCAAUAAACAGGCAUCAACAUCAGCAACUCCAUCACCAGCAAAACCAACGGUAGCUGAACCAGCUGCUAAUCAUGGGCUAGAGCCAUUGGAUCCUGAACGAGAAGCUCGUAUAUCUGCACGUAGAGUGAGAGUUGAUGCCGCUAGAGCUGCGAGGGCUGCUGCUGAACAUGUGGAUGAAGAAGCACCGGCUCGCCUAAAAGUCAAACAAGAACACGGCUCGACAAUAUUGACCAAAAACAAUAUGGGCAAAGGAAAGGCACAAAUCGAUGCAUCCCGUCGUAAAAUCCAAUUAGAAAGAACGGGCGGAAUGGAACUUGUCACCAACGUUAGAGUCGGUGUCGUGUCUCGUGAAGCUUCGCGAAGAGCUGAAGCUGAAAGGAGACUCAGCAAGUGGGUUCAGAGUGACAAGAUCGCUCAAAUGUCUGCUCAAGAUGCCGGUUUGGAUGAGCAUGUUGAGGAUAAGAUUGGAAUUAGCAAAGGACCUUAUGCCUUGUUUGAGCUUUUGAAACAACAAGAAUCAGCAUGUGAUCGUAUAAUUGCUGCUAAAGAUCGGCUGAUUACCGAGUAUGUAGCUGAAAUGAAGGCUAGAGAUGAUGAAUACGUCAAGGAGCUGAAACAAGAGGCUGAAGAAAUAGAUACCUUAUUGGAGCGCAUGGAGCAACAAUACCAGACUUUCCGAGGAACGCUGCGAGAAGAAUCUGAAAAGAUUGAACGUGCUCUAGUACAAUCGCAACAUGAAAUGAUUGAUGAGAACUCUAAGGAGAUUGAAGGACUGCUGGAAGCUCGUCGUUCAGCUGAAAGAAACAACAUGGAUGAACGAGCAAUCCGUGUAGAUUCCAAUCUCAAUGAGCUGGAAAAUCUACGAACAAGCGAUAGUGAAGAGUAUAAUGUAGUGAAAAUCAAGCUGGAGACGGAUGUGCAAGUGCUUGAGCAACAGUUACAGCAAAUGAGAGCUACAUACCAGUUGAAUACUGAAAAGCUCGAGUACAAUUACCAAGUGUUGAAGAAGAGAGAUGAGGAGAAUGGAACAAUAUUGAGUGCUCAGAAGCGAAAGAUUACUCGACUCACGGAUCAUGUCAAUGCACUUAAAUCCAAGAUUGCAAAAGCAGAACGUGGAUAUGCUCAUGAGCAAUUGGUCUUGAACGAUGACCAAGCCAGAAUAACAGAGCAACUGCAAGAACUGGCACGCAAGUUCAGACACUUCCAGCUAGCCGACCAAAAAAAGUACAAGGAAGUGUGGGCCAUGAACGAAUCAGUAGCAUCUGAUCUCGUAAACAAGUUGUUACAAGCCGAUCAAAUCAUCCACGAACAACAGCUGGGCAAUACCUGGAAACCUCCACAAGAAUCAGCUGAUGUCGUCAACAAGUCAAUUGAUCCAAUGAUGCUUGACAUGAUGAAUUACAGCAAUAACAACAACCCUUACAACAAGAAUGGUCCUGGAAACAACAAGCAAGAAGACGCAAUCGCACUCAUCCCACGCCACAACUCUCUAUGCAUCCAGCUCCACAACACCGCCCAACAAGACAAAAUCUUUGUCCCAUCUCAAAUUUCAGACGCUUUACGACUCUUUGUAUCUGAAUGCUCGUUUUUAAUCGACGAGCGUCUGAUUCCAUUGAUUGCUCCCCUCCCUAAACAAGAACAAGACGACACUUUGGCUGAUGCCGUAUUGCAUGCUCUAGGAUGCAAGUCAGUUGACGAUGCUCUUGCCUUUGUGACUGCGUUGGUUGACGCAAAGGGUGCUUUGAUUGAUCCAAGCCAAGUUGUGACAAGUAUCAAGAGGGUGCUGAAUGAGCGUAAAGGACUUGUUCAGAGACACAAGAGCAAUGGUAGUGUCGUGGGAGACAAUGAGUCGGUAGUUGAUGAUUCGAUAGAAGAGCACUCUGUCGCUCGAGUAGAUCCAAAGCACGACCCUCAUCGUGCAUACUGGGAACGUAUGAGCAAUGUCGUUGAUGAAAAAGGCUUCCGUGUCUGGACGGCCGUUCACGUAGUCAUGGAACGAUACAACACCCUCCUUUCCGAACGUUCCUGUCUUGUACACGACAUUGACCACCUUCAACGACAAAACGAGGAACUAAGCAAGCUGCUCAAGGACUACAUGACUGCACCCAUCAACGAGUCUCUGUGUGUCCCGCCAACUCAUAUAAUGUUGGCUCAGGCUCAAGCUUCUAUGAAAUCUGCCAGUCAACAGAGACAGCAACAGUUGGGAGGUUUGAUAAGUACGAAGCCACUUGGGCGAUGA